AUGAAUCCAUUAAUAGAAAAGUCAUUAUUUUGGUAUUAUUUAAUUCAUAUUCCAAUCACUAUAUUCAUUGAUUCUUCAUGUAUAAUUCCUCAACAAUAUCAAUUGGCAAUCACUUCCAAAAUAGUCGAUUUCCAUGUAUCCACAAAUCAUGACAUAUUAUUGUCAUCCCCACAAACUUGGUUUAAAAUAUUUGUAACUUUUGAAGUGGUUUUCCAAUUACCUUUGUUUUUCUAUUUCUUAUACAAAUAUUUAUCUAAUCGUUUAGAUUUGAGUUAUUAUUUAUGGAGUAUUAUCUACGGGUUCAAUGCUGGUUUCACUACUUUUGUAUGUUUGAUUUGGUUAAUUUUAGAGUACAAGACAUAUGAUUUACUGAUUGGUCAAGUCACAAACUUGUGUGCAAUCUAUUCUCCAUAUGUGAUUAUUCCUUUGAUUAUCAUAAUCAAUUCCUUUAAAAACAUCAGAUCUUUAAAAUUGAAGACUGAUUAA